AUGACCUUGCACUUCAUGGUAGUGACCCCAAACUCUAACAGGGUCACCUGUUGGGUGGUAGUACAGAAUACAGAGCCAGUAGUUCAUGUGGGAGGCCAGGAGCCCCUUACUGCCUCCAUGCUGGCGUCUGCACCCUUAAAAGAGCAGAAACAACUCCUGGGCGAGCGACUGUAUCCACUUAUCCAGGUCUUGCAUCCUACUCUUGCUGGAAAGAUCACAGGCAUGUUGCUGGAGAUCGACAACUCUGAACUACUGCACAUGCUCGAGUCUCCAGAGUCCCUGCACUCCAAGAUUGAAGAGGCCGUAGCUGUGCUUCAGGCUCAUCAAGCCAAGGAACUGUCUGCAAAGUAAGGGGGCUCUGUAAGACAGGCAUGCACACUGAAGUACUGUGAGUUGUUCCAGAGAACGGGGAAAAGAAAACCGCACUUCAGAGUCAUGCUAUUUAAUGCAUGGUUCACACACUGCAAAUAUCCUUUUG